AUGAAAAUAAGCAGAAACAGAAAAAAGUUUGAGAGGGAAGUUUAUUUUUCUAUUCUUCUGGAGUCUUGCAAGACCCGCAGGAAAAGUGCGAGUCUUGCACGUGAAAUAAGAAAUUGCGAGCAUUUGCAAGAACGAGAAUUUGCGAGACGAGACAAAGCGAGCAUCUGCGAGUGCGAGACGAGACAAGCAUUUAUGCGAGACAAGACAAGACAAGUCCCGGAAAUUUCUUGCAAGACCUGCAAGAAUUCUCGAUCUUCCCAGAUGCCAAUGCUCGCGAGACGGAACUCUACUGUUAACUCACAGGAAAAUAUCAUUCCAAGUCGAAUGUCGUCUUCUAUUCUUGUUCUCUGCCUCCUCGUUGGGACAUCAUGGGCUUUUGUCCCAGAUGAUCCAGAUUUCAGAGGAGAUAAUUUCAUCGGAAGAUAUCCUAAUGAUAUUUUCGACUUCAAUCGAAACGCCUUCGCCCCUUCCUCGGAUACAGCUCAACAGGUCGUCGAGAAGUUCUUGGCAAGAAUGACUAGAUCUCUGGAAUCAAAGGAUGUCGCUGUGAUUUCUGGAUUGUUCCAGCCUGGAUUCGUGUUCAAGGGGUGCAAGGGAACUUAUGAUAAGACACAAAUCAUCGGUCUCUUGUCCCGAAUUCCAUCUGGAACCCAAUUCACCCUCACCCUCAAAUCAGUCCUCGAUACCGGAUCUUCUAUCAAGUAUACUGUAGUCUCCAGUGGAUUCGGACCAGCUUCCAUUGAAGCAAACUUCGUCUUGAACAAGAUCGAUCAACAAUUGGAAUGUGGAGAGAUUCCAGCUUGUCAGAACAGCCGCUUUGUGACCUUCAGAUCAGUUCAAAAUCCAGCUGAGGAGAUGGUGAAGAAGUUUUUAGCUCGUGUGACCAGAUCGAUUGAGUCCAAAGACACCUCCAUCAUCCUGGGUCUUUUCCAACCUAGAUUCUGGUUCAGAGGUUGCAAGGGAAGAUAUAACAAGGAACAAGUCGUCGGGAUGCUCACCAAGAUCCCAGCCGGCAUCAAGUUUUCGUUCACUCUUAAGUCAGCUGUUUCCCUUGGAGACAUGAUCAAAUAUAUUGUCACUAUCACUGGAAUCCGUGCAACUCCAGUCGACGCUGAAUUUAUGCUACACAUCGCGGACCAAAAAUUGAUAUACGGUUAUAUUUGGGAUUGCCCAACAAGUGGAUUCCUGGGAUUCUCUCAGCCGGAAGAUUCGAAUGCUGUCGUCCAGAGAUUCCUGACCUCGAUGAAGCCAAUUCUGGAUUCCCAUAAACCAGCUCUCAUUGGAAAACUGUUCGACGACGCUUUCAUUUUCAAGGGAUGCCAUGGAACAUACACAAAAACCCAAGCCAUCGCCAAGAUCACUUCCCUUCCAUCCGGCGCCUCUUUCGAUUUUUCAUUGAUCAACUCGAAAUGGAAUAAUCAGGGACAAAUCGAGUACACUGUCUAUGUAUCCGUUCCAAUGAUGGAUAGAAUUCAAGCACAAUUCGUCUACUGUCCACACAGAAAUGUGCUCAAGUCUGGAAGUGUUCCUGGGUGUGCAGCCAGCAGAUUCAAUGUUUUCUAUUGA